UUGUGUUUAAAUCGCGUUCCCUCGGCGGUUUGGAGCCUAGGCCCUCCUGCAGCGCCUGCACCCGGAGGCUCUGCAAAUUCCCCGUGCCACAGUGAAGGUGUUAUAACAUUGUCCAGCUCUGCGUGUUGUCAUCUCUCAAACCCGAAGCUGCUUUUAAAGGGAAGCCAGAAGCAGAAUGAUGCCACGUCAGAUCCACGUGUAGCAAAACAGCACAUCUCAGCGGAUCUGCAGGAGGAGGCCCAGCGCCCGGGGCUGCAGGAGGAGUCCUUCCUGAGAUAAACCGAGCCCCGUGCUGCACUGGCAAAGGGAGCAGGGAGCUGUCUGAGGUGGCUCCUUGCUCUCACGCUUGCUGCUGGAGCUGAGUCAGCCCUGCACACCGCUGGGAUGGGAAUGGUCCACAGGCGGUUCCUCCUUUGCACAGUGAUGUGCAAAGCAUGGAAACGUUCUCUGUGGUCAGUGGAGGGGAGAUGGGGAUAUGCCCCUCAGCACUUGCUCGUGCUUUCUGAACUUCGUUGGCGAUAGCUGUGCUACUUUGACCCUCCUCUCCAUGCCCAGUUUUGGGGUUUGUCCCUGUUCCUCGCAGCACCUGUCCUUGCCCCUGCUCUUUUCCUAACAGGAGCAAGGUGAGAUUGCAGCAGUUAGCACCAUUUUUGCCCGUAUUCUCUGCAGAGUUGCAAGCAGACCCCCCUGAAACCUCUUUGUGUUCGUGCUCCUGCUGCUGGAACGAGCCUCUGGCUGAGUCCUGGCAUUGGUUUAGCAGAAGCAUCCACUUUGCACAUCACAUCAGCUGGUUUCAGAGUUAGCUCUCUCCUGGUGUGUUUGGGGCAGCUCAGGCUGGAGCUUUCUGUCUGGAAGAUGUGGGGCAUUGUUAGGGCUUACAGGCAGGUAAUGUCCAUAAAUGCUUUGGGAUGUCCUUGUGAAACUCCUUGGAGAAGUUCUGCUCCAUGAGUGUCAUCACUGAGUCACUGGGAAUGAAGAGCUGGCAUGGCUCACCAGGAAUUUGCUGUUCAUUUGUGAGUCUGGCCAUUUUAUAUAUAUUCUUAUACAAAUGUGUGUGUAUAUAUAUACAUACAUGUGCAUUUACAAUAUAGGAGCCCUGCUGCUGACGCUAAGAGAAAUUCCUUUCAGACUGGGGUGGAGAUGCCAUUGGGUAUUCUUAAACUAUUUGUGCACCCAACCACCAAUUUUCCUGCUGAAACAAAGAGGUUACCGUAGAAUAGAAUUGUAGGAUGGUUUGCGUUGGAAGGGAACUUUAAAGGCUGUCUGGUCCAUCUCCCUGCAGUGAACAGGGACACCCACAGCUCCAUCAGGUUUUUGGUUCUCCUUUGGGGUCUUCUGUAGCCAUGCAAGGCUCUGGGGACCACACGGUGACCAGGAGUGUUCUUGUGCUUUGGGAAAGGCAUCGUUUUCGUCUCUCCUCCUCUCCUCCAUCCCUCAUCCUCUCUCCCCCAAGUGGCAGAGACAGCAAAAGGAAAAAAACCCAACAAACUGGUUUCCCCAUGGGAGGAGAAGCUGCGGUGACCCACCUCAACUUCUCGCUCUGCUCUCUGUAGAACCACAUCCCGCCUCACCCCUCAGCAAGGAGCCCGCUGCCGGAGCAUUUCAUAGCGUGCAGCAAUUUGUGGAGGGUGUCACCUGAGUGCAGGUAAGCCUUCCCCUUCCUUCUGGGGCUGUCAGUGGGACAGGCGUGCCCAGCAGACACAGGGCUGCCCCCAGCUUCCCCCGUCCUGCAGCAAGGAGCCAGCCAGGUACACCGCGCUUUGUCGUUAGCUCCAGUUCCUGGGUUCCGUGGCAGCUGGAGGCUUUGCAGUUGUGCAUGUUUCAUGAGAUGACAUUUUUUGUCUUUUGCCAUGUGCACAUUGCACUGUGACGGAGGGUCGGGGAGCACGGAGCUGCCUCUGUCCAACCACCUCCACUCACGGCGAUGGGGCUCGCCGUGCGCUCAGCCGAGAGGUCUGGGGCCAUUGGAUUGAGGACUGUCACUUUGGGGGACAGUCAGUGCCUGGGGCCUGACGAUUUGGAGUAUAUUGCUUUGGAGGAUGACAAUGUUAGGAACAAAAGUUUAGGGGACUGUCACUUUGGGGGUUGUCUAUUUGGGGGAUGUUGCUUUGGGGGAUAUCACUUUGGGGGACAUCAUUCAUCCAUACGGAACUUUGGGAAGGGUGGAAGCUUGCACCAUCACAGCAGCAGUCUGGUGGCCUGGCCAAGCAAAACCCUUUAUCUGAGCCCUAAAUCCUGCAGCACACCAGUAGUACAGGGCUUUAUUAAAACCCCGAGGUGCUGGCUGUCCUUCCCAGGCUUUGAAUAUCGGUGGGGCACACAGCGUCUUUCCAGGAAUCAGCCCAAAGGAGAACACUGAGUGGCCAUUUUUUGUUGUUGUUGUUGUUUUUUAUAUGCAUUACAUGAGGUGAAAGAUUUAUUUAUUAAGGGGCAACAGCCACUUCAAACUGAGGCUUCUUUCCCAUUUCUGUGCUUUUUUUACUGUUAUUAUUUUGUUCACAGAGAUGAGGUUUAUGCAGUCAGAUGGGAUUUUGCUUGUUGUUCCUCCCCAAAAGUUUCAACCUCGGGAUUGAUUUCAGCCAGAUUGGACAGAGGAAUGCAGAUCUCGCUGAUCAGAUGCUUUAAGGAAAUGGGUGGAGAAGGGAAAUCCCAAUUUCUUCUUGCCCACAGGGAGAGGCUGCAGCAGUGAUGUUGGCUGGGUGCAGGACAGGGGUUUGCAGCACGUCAGCGGGAUUUAACAGCACCAUCAGCGCAGAUAAAUGGAGGCCAGCCUGGGAGAGAGAGAGCAGAGCAGCAAAGCCUUACGUCUUGGGGUCCCCUCGCUCCGCGGUCUCACAGCCAAAGGGAUGGAGAACUCAUCCGUGGCCUCGGCCUCCUCGGAGGCGGGCAGCAGCCGCUCGCAGGAGAUCGAGGAGCUGGAGCGCUUCAUCGACAGCUACGUGCUGGAGUACCAGGUGCAGGGGCUGCUCACCGACAAGACUGAAGGCGAUGGCGAGAGCGAGAAGACCCAGUCCAACAUCUCACAGUGGACGGCGGAUUGUAGCGAGCAGCUCGAUGGCAGCUGCUCCCCAUCCAGAGGGAAGGGCUCGUCGUCCCACCAGCACAAGCAGGAAGACUGGGAUCACAGCAGCGGUGGGAGCGCAGGAUCGCGGCCGGGGUCAGGUUCCAGGUGUGGCUCUGGAUCGAGGUCUGGCAGCCGCGGGAGGAGCAGCCAGUUCAGGCACGCCACCAAGAAUGGCAACAAGGAGGGCUCCCUCGACAUGCUGGGCACCGACAUCUGGGCUGCCAACACCUUUGAUUCCUUCAGUGGUGCGACGUGGGACCUGCAGCCCGAAAAACUAGAUUUCAGCCAAUUCCACAGGAAGCUCCGGAACACCUCCAAACACCCACUGCCCCACAUCGACAGAGAAGGGCUUGGAAAAGGGAAGUACGAAGAUGGUGACAGCAUCAACCUGAACGACAUCGAGAAGGUCCUCCCAGCGUGGCAGGGUUACCACCCGCUGCCUCAUGAAGCUGAAAUCGCACACACCAAAAAGCUGUUCCGAAGGAGGAGAAACGACAGGAGGCGACAACAGAGACUUCCUGGUGGGAACAAGUCCCAGCAGCACGCAGACCAUCAGCAAGGUGGCACCAAACACAACAGAGACCACCAGAAGCUCUACCAAGGAGGCCCGGCCCCUCACUCCUCGGGUAGACCAGGCCACCACGGCUACAGCCAGAACCGGCGAUGGCACCACAACCAGAAGCAUUUGCCCAACGACAAAGAAAUGCACAGGAACACCAAAGAGACUGAGAAUCUGAAAAUCGAGGACUCCUCCGCCUGCACAGGGCACAGUCCUGCGGAGACGGAGCGCAGUCCGGAGGCGGUGGAGAAGCAGUCCCAGCUGUACAGCCCGGAGGUGGAGACCAAGCGGAAGGACAGCAUUCACGAGCGCGUUGGGGAGAGGCCCAAGAUUAACUUGCUUCAGUCUUCCAAAGACAGGCUGCGGAGGAGACUAAAAGAAAAGACGCCUUGUCUUUCCCUUUUCACGGACCAGGACGAAGUCACGGUGGAAACCACCCAUCCUGAAAAGAACAAAAUGGACAAAUUAAUUGAAAUCCUUAACAGCAUGCGUAACAACAGCAGUGACGUUGACUCCAAGCUGACCACCUUCAUGGAGGAGGCUCAGAACUCCACCAACUCUGAGGAAAUGCUUGGGGAGAUAGUUAAAACCAUCUACCAGAAAGCAGUGACAGACCGCAGCUUUGCUUCCACAGCUGCCAAGCUCUGUGACAAAAUGGCCCUCUUCAUGGUGGAAGGAACCAAGUUCCGGAGUCUGCUCCUCAACAUGCUGCAGAAGGAUUUCACCAUGCGGGAGGAGCUGCAGCAGCGGGAUGUGGAGCGCUGGCUGGGCUUCAUCACCUUCCUCUGCGAGGUCUUCGGCACCAUGAGGAGCAGCACCGGCGAGCCCUUCCGAGUCCUCGUGUGCCCCAUCUACACCUGCCUCAGGGAGUUGUUACAAUCUCAGGACGUGAAGGAGGAUGCCGUGCUGUGCUGCUCCAUGGAGCUGCAGAGCACCGGCCGGCUGCUGGAGGAGCAGCUGCCCGAGAUGAUGACGGAGCUGCUGGCUGCAGCCCGCGACAAGAUGCUGUGCCCCUCCGAGUCCAUGCUGACGCGCUCCCUCCUGCUGGAGGUCAUCGAGCUGCACGCCAACAACUGGAACCCGCUGACGCCCACCAUCACGCAGUACUACAACAAGACAAUCCAAAAACUGACGGCCUGAGGGGCAGGACGGGGCGGGGUGGGAAGGGGCGAGGAGAAGACGUGCACCUUAGUGGGAUUCCGGUUGAUGUACCCAAGCAGACAAACCCCAGCAUGCUCGAGAAUUACGUUCGUGGGGUGGGGAGGGAGAAGCAUGUUUCUUUCAGCCUCGUCGCCAAGUGCCACCCCCUCCUCCCCGCCGUGUUUUUGUUGUAGGGUUUCUUUUCUGAAAUCGGCGCGUCCCGCCGGGUUAUUGUUUGGCUUUAGAAAGACGACGGCGAGUCGGAGGAGCGAGCCCAAUGGGGCCGGGAUUGUUUUCAAGCUGUCCCCCCGCCCUGCCCUGGCCAACUGGCAGCAGACAGCGCACAGCAGAUGUCCGGGGAGGACAAAGCGCGGCACACACUACACAGACGCUCAUCACUGACGGCUUUUGUCCGGCGGAGCUCUCGUUAUUUUCUUUCAUUUUUCCCCCUCCUUCUUCUCUUCGACUUUCUGCCCCCACCUCCGCUCCGUCUCCUCCGGAUGCUGAUGGGCACGUAGGACGGCUUUCUGAUUUGCACUGGGUUGUUUUGUUUUUUUUUUUUCCUGUGUUUUAUUCUGUUUUAUUAUCGUCAAACGGACAAUUAGGAUCAGCGCGGAGUCGGGGCAGCAACGCUCCCCCUCCGGCUCGCUAAUAGUUUCAUGAAGAUGCUGAAGCAGAAGGAUUUUACAAGAGCCCGAAAACCACUGUAGGAGCAACGUAGCCACAGUCUUCUUGCCAGAAACCUCGCGGAUUUACCCAAAAACACGUGCCCUGAGCUAGGAGCUCUGCAAAACACGGGGUGCUGCUACGCUGCAGCAUCUCCCAUCCACUCAAUGACAGCCCGUUUAUUUUUUUGUAUUUUUGUUGUUGUUGUUGUUUCUGUUGAAAGAGUGCUUUAUUGUAAUUACUGUCAUCAUUGUAAUUAUACAUUUAAGAGCAGGCCUGUUAUAGUCAGGCCUAUUCAUGUACAGAGCAAGGGAGAAAUGAAGACUUGGUGUUCUUCUUGGGAAACCAGCAGAGAGAAGGCAAAAAGUGUAUGGCAAAGAAGAAUGAUGGGGGAGAAGAAGAGGAAAACACAGAAAAUCCAGAAAUACAGGUUUCCUGCUGCUUUCUCACUGGCUGCGUUUCCUAUCUAGUUUGCAGGCUGAGGUUGGGUGGGCUUGGAGGUUCCUUCCAACCCAACUGUUCUAUGGUUCUGCAAUCUUCAGGGUCCCUUCCAACCCAACCGUUACACGGUUCUGUGGUUCUCUGGGGAGCUGGAAGAACAGAGACUUUCAACAUGAAGGUGUUGAGGAGGUGAGAGUUCUGGUUCGGAGGUUCAGUGCGAUGGGAGCCGUUCAUUUGGUUGCCUGUUGGUGUGUCUCCAAAUCCACGUCUGGAGUAUGAGAGAGGAAUUGGAAAGAGGAGCUUCAGCAGUCCUAAAUGCUGAGAAGCAGGGAGAUGUCUGCCUGUAUGGAAGGACCGAUGCUGGGAUCCGAGCUGGCAGCCUCCCUGCACCCCACGCCGCAGCAUCCCUUGGACCCCGCUCUCCGACUGGAGCGAAAGAAGGAAAAAAGAAGGAAAAAAAUAUAUUUAAAAAAAAAAAAAAAAAAAAAAAAAGCCCAGGGGAGGUUUUCCCUCCAGCGCUGGGAUUUCUCCCAUCAGAGAACUUUUGUGUGAAAUCCAUCUGUUUUAAUGUCCGUGUUCAUCCUGCCAUCGACCGCUCGGUCACUCGGUACAUCCCUCGCUCCGCUGAUGCGUGAGAAUCUAAGGGUUGACCAAAAAUGUUAUUUUUUUUUUUUCCCUGCUGGUGUCCCUCAUUGUGGGGGCGAAGUGUGGGCAGCAUUGCAUUUGGGGUGCAGAAUACCCCCUUUUGGCCAAAAGUGGGGCUGGCACCGUGGCGAUGCCCCAAAACCGGAGCCCCCAGCACCCUCCUUCCCAUUGCCAAACAGCUGCCAGAGACAAGGCGUUGGUGCCCGCAACCAGCUUGCUUGGAUUCCCCAUGAGAGAUUUCACCCCCGUUUGGAAAACUCUUGUCUGUAUGCAGGUGGAACGAAAACAGGGGGGAAAAAAAAAGGCAAAGUGAUUUGCCUGGCUCCCCUCAUCCCCCAGAAGAGAUUGAUCAGUAUCUACUCUUGGCGUGAUUGACAGUUUCAAAGGAAAACUUGUCAGAAGAACGGAUGAUUUGUUUUCCCGCUUAUUUUUACAACAUCCCUCGCUUGGAAAUCUCUCAAAAUCUGAAAGAGGGCUUUUGUUUCCCCGCUGGGUGUUUUAUGGCUUUACACUAUUUCUGCUCUUCGUGGUGUGAGCUGUUAGCCCGUCCCAGUGACGCUUUCAGUAUUUUUCAGGAGAACAAACACGAAGGGCCGCGUCCAUCGCCGAGGGAGCAGCGGUGUCCUGCGGAAGUUCACGCUAGCAGUUCUUUCUUUUCCUGUUGUUUUUUAAUGUAUUUAUUUGCAUUUGAAGAGGCACCAUUUUUAAUUUAAUCGUAUUUGUUAAACGAAGCGCUUUAAAAAAAAAAAAAAAAACUUUUUAAAAACGGAAAAAAAAAACAAAAAAACAAAACUAGGAGAAAGGAUUUGGGGAACAUAAAGACUAGAUAUUCAUCCUAGAGAAAACAAAAACUCAUCGUUUUCAGCGUUUCAGAGACAAGGGAGCUGACAACUCUUUGUGGCAACGCAGUCUUGUUGAUAGAACAUCCGACCCACUGUAUGCUAUAAAGCGCAUCAUCCGAGUAAUAAAUGUGUAAAGCUUGACGUUUCCCCAUCGUUUUGUUGGGAUGUGCCAUCAGUUUUCGGUGUUGAGCUUCAAACAUGGGAUAGAGGGGGAUAUAAGGAAAAUUACAGUGUCUGGUGUGAAGCAUAGCCCCAUAGAUCCCACAGCUUGUGUUGGAACCGGUGCGCGCAGUGCCGCUCGGUGGUGCCCCUUCCCAGUAGGUUUUGGCCAUGGGGAUAGGGUGGGGGAACCCCGCAGCGCAUCGCGACCGGGCGCACCGCUCUGCCUGUUACUCAUUAUAUAUAUAAUAAAGAAAUAAAUAAAGCUGUGGUUUUUCGAA